CUCCUGUUCCCGCUCUCCGUACAUACAUUCGCGCGCACAGUCAAGCCUUUGCUUCUAUUUCUUCAUUUCUCUUCAUGUCCUAGUCAUGCCCUCGAAGACCCCCUCGAUCCGUACAUUAUCGCGCUACCUCCUCCGCCCGCAAGCCUCGUUCCAUUCACGGUGUCCAAAUCGGUCACAGAACCAGUCCUACUCCUCCGCAGCGGCCGGUGCACGUCUCAAUGGUAGCGUAGAGUAUGACACCACGUCUCUCCUGCAUCACACGUCUAGGUCCGCCCUUGCAAACCCCGAGCUGCCUCCGGAAGUCCGGAAAGGCCAGACCAAGCGCAUAAACCUCUACACCGCCGUUAACGAAGCCCUCCGCCAUGCCCUGCAAACCGACGAACGUGUGCUUGUCUUUGGGGAGGAUAUACAGUUUGGUGGGGUCUUCCGAUGUACCAUGAACUUAGCUACAGACUUUGGGACAGAACGCGUGUUCAACACGCCGCUGAGCGAGCAGGGGCUUGUGGGGUUCGCAAUCGGUGCAGCUAGUGAGGGCAUGAGGCCGGUAGCAGAAGUGCAGUUCGCAGACUACGUCUUCCCAGCUUUCGACCAGAUUGUGAAUGAGGCUGCAAAGCUGAGGUACCGAGCGGGGACGACAAAUGUGAACUGUGGAGGACUGGUGAUUCGAAUGCCCUCCGGGGUCGUAGGGCAUGGUGCACUUUACCACUCUCAAUCUCCCGAGUCCCUCUUCACCCACAUUCCCGGUCUCCGCGUCAUAAUCCCCCGCUCCCCUGUCCAGGCUAAAGGGCUCCUCCUCUCUGCUAUCCGAACAAAUGACCCCGUCAUAUUCAUGGAGCCUAAAGUCCUCUACCGUGCUGCCGUCGAGCAAGUCCCUGUAGGUGCAUACCAUCUCCCGCUCGAUAAGGCCGAGAUCCUCAAGACCGGCAAAGACGUCACGAUAAUCUCAUACGGCACACCAUUAUACACCUGUUCAGCAGCGAUAGCAGCAGCAGAGAAGGACUUCGGGUGCAGCGCAGAGUUAAUAGAUCUGCGGACAAUAUACCCGUGGGAUAGAGAGACUGUAUUGGAAAGCGUCAAGAAGACGGGGAGGGCGAUUGUUGUGCAUGAGAGCAUGAUGAAUGCAGGUGUUGGGGCUGAAGUAGCUGCUACUAUACAGGAACACGCAUUCCUAAGGUUAGAAGCUCCAGUUAAGAGGGUUACGGGGUGGGCGACACAUACAGGGCUUAUAUUUGAGAAGUUUAUCAUUCCGGAUGUGACCAGGGUUUACGAUGCUAUCAAAAAAACCAUAGAUUAUUAAUCGAGAGAAUCAAUGCUUAGCUCGGUAUGUUUGGGCUAGUUAAGUCAUAACGAUAGGUACCUAGCUAUGAGUCACCUUCCGUAGAGAAAAUGUGAUCCCAGGAUUCCUAGCUACUGUGAAAUUAGCCUGCCUUGAGGCAUUGAUUUACUAUCAACUGCAAACUAGGAG